AUGCAAAAAAGUCAAAAGAAUGCUUCCGCACCAACUAAGCAAAUACCUCUUCGCACUUGGUCAUUGGAUGAUUUUGAACUAGGCGAUCCUCUUGGUCAAGGUAGAUUCGGACGAGUUUAUCAAGCAAAAGAAAAAACAAGCGGUAAGAUUGUUGCGCUCAAAGUAAUAUUUAAAAGCGACUUGAGAGAACAUAAACUCGAAAAACAAUUGAAACGUGAAGUUGAAAUUCAAUCUCAUUUAAGGCAUCAAAAUAUUCUACGUUUGUAUGGCUAUUUUCACGACACGGACCGAGUAUAUUUGAUAUUAGAAUAUGCAGCAAAAGGAGAGUUGUAUAAAUAUCUUGUGAAAUAUAAACGAUUUUCAGAGCGAGUGGCGGCAAAGUAUAUUGCACAAAUUGCUGACGCAUUAACCUAUCUUCAAGAGAAGGAUGUCAUUCAUCGAGAUAUGAAACCCGAAAAUUUGUUGUUAUCAGAAAACGGUGAUGUUAAAAUUUCUGAUUUCGGAUGGGCGAUUCAUGCACCAAAUCAACAAAGGCGUAUGACAUUUUGUGGGACUUUAGAUUAUUUGGCACCAGAAAUGGUCAUGAGUACGGGUCAUGAUGGUAAAAUUGAUUCAUGGGCCCUUGGUGUCUUAUGUUAUGAGUUCUUGGUCGGUGAACCACCGUUUGCAGAUAUGGAUAGUGAAUACAAUACUCGCCUCCGAAUCGCAGGUGUCGACCUAAAAUUACCUCACAAUAUCUCCUCAGAGGCGAAGGAUUUAAUUACAUCG